AUGACGUUCCAAAGUUUCUCUGUUGGCUAUAGACUACCUCCUCGGGAGCUCUUCGACUGGAGUCUCACAAACGCCACACAAGCAACCGUCCCCAAUCCGGAAUAUAUCGCAAGAUGGAUUCGGCUAUUCGAAAUUAACCCGGCUCUCUUCCAUUGGUUCCUUGAGCCCAAGGUCCCUAUCACAAUUGCUGCGGUCUAUGUUGUUUCAGUGCUCUACUUGAACCGAUUCAACGAAGGCCGACAAAAUAGACCCUGGAACAUCGCCAAAACUUCGACCUUCAAGACUUUGGUGCUCUGUCAUAAUAUCUUUCUUGCAUUGUUCUCCGGGCUUAUCUUCUACGCGACGUGUCAUAUUUUGUGGAAUUGCUGGCCCCAAAAAACAGAGCCAAACAUCUUGGCUCAUGUGGCAGAUUCUCUGUGCAGAAUUAGUGGCCCAGUCAGGCCGGCCUUUACACAAGAGUCAUGGACUAGUGAGGACCAGUCGCUGCAUAUUCCCUUGCAGCGCGUUUGGGACAAUGGCUAUGCCUACUUCUGUUGGCUUUUCUACAUAUCAAAGUUCUACGAAACGGUUGAUACCAUGAUCAUACUCGCCAAAGGAAAGAAGAGCUCUGUCCUGCAAACUUACCAUCACGCUGGUGUGAUGUUGUGCAUGUGGUCAGGCGCCCGAUACAUGGCAUCGCCCGCUAUCGUCGGUGUCGUUCUGAAUUCGGGUAUUCACACUUGCAUGUAUUCGUACUAUGCCUUGACUUCGUUGAAAAUCCCCCUCCCCGGUGCCCUGAAGCAAACUUUGACCAGUCUUCAAAUUGCACAAUUCCUCGUUGGCGGCGCCAUGGGCUUGGGUUACCUUUUCGUUGAAUACGAUGCCCCGGUCUAUCGCUCUGCCAAUAAUACGACCGCUAGUGCAUCGGCAUUCAAAGAUUCCAUGGGGAAAUUCGACUACCAUCUAUCGACUACCGGCAACUUCAAAGACCAAAUUGCAUCGGAUCUCCAGAGAGAGACCGAAGUACAACGGGUUCCGUGUCUACAAGACAGCGGACAGUCAUUUCCGGUUUUCAUAACCGUCCUUUAUCUUCUUCCGCUUAUUUACCUUUUUGUGUCAUUUUUCCGUCGCUCAUACCUCAAGCGAGUGAAGCUCAGUCCCAAGUAG